AUUUUGCGCACGCGUUCUUCAUGCACUUUAAUCUUCGCUACAUCUGGCUCUCAACUGAAUCCGAUUUUAUGUACUCAACUAUUAAUACAAAAGCCCAAAAAGCAGAAAACCACUGCACUGAAAAUGAAGAGAAUCUUAAUCCUUGUGCCCAUUGUUUGUCAAUCCACCCAUCUAUUUAUAUCGAUCUUGCUUCCUCCCUCUUCCCUCAUCUCUUCUUCUUCUUCUUCUUCUUUCUGGUAUCCUCUAAGCGCUUUUAAACAAUGAGUUCUGAAGCUGUGCAUUAUCCCAUGGCUGCCACCACAUUCACCUUCUUGUUCUUCUCCUUCACGGUCCUCUUCUCCUUCUUUUCCUUCCUUGUCUUCGUCUUCAGAAUCAAGCCCUGGUGUAGCUGUCACACUUGCAGAACCUACCUGACCAUGAGCUGGGCCGAUCAGUUUAACAAUCUCGCCGAUUGGUACACUCACCUUCUUCGCAGGUCACCCACUGCUUCCAUCCACAUACACGUUCUCGGCAACAUCAUAACCGCCGAUCCAAACGUCGAGUACAUCCUCAAGACCCGAUUCGAUAACUACCCGAAAGGCAAGCCUUUUUCCACAAUCCUCGGCGAUCUCUUGGGCCGUGGAAUCUUCAACGUCGACGGUGAAGCCUGGAAGUUCCAGCGCAAAAUGGCAAGCCUUGAGCUCGGAAGCGUCGCGAUUAGGUCCUACGCGCUUGAGGUGGUCACGGACGAGAUCCGAUCGAGGCUGAUUCCCAUCCUUAAUCAAAUCGACGGCGUUUUCGACUUACAAGACAUAUUUCGUCGGUUCUCCUUCGACAGCAUUUGCAUAUUCUCGUUCGGUUUGGACCCGGGUUGUCUCAAGUCGUCCCUUCCCGUAUCGAACCUCGCAGUGGCGUUCGACGAUGCCUCCAAGCUUUCGGCGGAGCGGGCGAUGAUGGCGUCGCCAAUAAUAUGGAAGAUGAAACGGCUUUUCAAUAUAGGAUCUGAGAAGAAAUUAAAGGAAGCAAUUAAAGUGGUGAGUGAUUUGGCGAAGCGCGAGACAGGUCCUUCGACGCGCAAAGACCUUCUUUCGAGGUUCAUGAGCUUGGUCAACGACGACAAGUAUCUCCGAGACAUCGUCGUUAGUUUUCUUUUGGCAGGUCGUGACACGGUGGCUGCCGCAUUGACCUGUUUUUUUUGGUUGUUGUCAAAAAAUCCUCGAGUUGAAUCUCUAAUCCGGGAAGAGUUGGACCGGGGUAUGGGACCGGCCCAGGAGGUUGUGCGCUUCGACCAAUUGCGUGACAUGCAUUACCUGAACGCAGCGGUCCACGAGAGCAUGAGGCUAUACCCGCCGGUUCAGUUCGACUCAAAGUUCGCUCUACAGGACGACGUGUUACCGGACGGUACUUUUGUGAGGAAGGGCACAAGAGUUACGUACCAUCCCUAUGCAAUGGGUCGGAUGGAGCGGAUAUGGGGCACCGAUUGUCUCGAGUUCAAGCCAGAGAGGUGGUUGCGAGAUGGCGUCUUCGUGCCCGAGUGCCCAUUCAAGUACCCGGUUUUUCAGGCCGGUGUGAGGAUUUGUUUGGGGAAGGAGAUGGCUCUGAUGGAGAUGAGGUCUAUAACAGCUGCGUUGGUCCGAAGGUUUGAUAUCCGGCCGGUCAUGAAAACAAACUCGUCAGAGCCCCGGUUCAUCCCGGGUCUCACCGCCACCGUGAGAGGCGGCAUGCCGGCUCAAGUGAGCGAAAGAAGACGGUGAUACGCUGCUGCUGUACUGAUUUCAGGAGCGAGAGUAACCAAAAAGCAGUGGUUCAUCUCAUGCAAUUUAAUGUUCUGCGGAAAGAGACGCAUUUUGCUGACUUCAGAAGUGAAGUUAAUUAGUUUAGUGCACGUGAAUUAACACGCAUAUGGUGUAGGUGAGACAGUUAGAGGGAAGAAAGAUGAAACCAAAUAAUGUAAAUAAUCUUGUGGUAGAAACGAGAGCAGCUUCUUCA